UCUGCAGGCAUGCUCUUUGGAUCCUUUAUACCCCAUCCCAUCCUCACCUUAGCCCUGUCAGUCAUUUUGUCCCACAGCAACCCAUCUUCUCAAAAUAUAGUGAAAGGGAUGGAGUCUGUUUUGGGGCGGAAAGGCUUUUCAGUGAUCUGGAAUAUGCCUACAGCACGGUGUCAGCGUCGAUAUGGAGUCUCCUUGCCCUUGCGCCAGUACAACAUUAUACAUAACUCAGAACAGAGGUUUCUCGGUCAGAAUAUCAACUUAUUUUAUCAGCGCCGUCUGGGCCUCUACCCCUACAUCAACCGUCAAGGGUCGAAGGUCAAUGGUGGACUGCCUCAACAUGGAAACCUGAAGGCUCAUCUUUUAUUGGCAGAGGCACAGAUCAGUGAUGUCUUGCAGCAGACAUUCAGUGGAUUAGCUGUGAUAGAUUGGGAGGCGUGGCAACCCACAUGGAUGUUGAACUUCGGGACAAGAAUGGUAUAUCGGAAAUUUUCUAAGCAGCUGGUUAGGUGGGAACAUCCAGAGAUGUUGGAGAAGGAAGUGAAAUUAAAGGCGAAGGAAGAGUUUGAAUCAGCAGCAAGAGAUUUUAUGGGAGAAACUCUUCGCCUUGGAGUUCAUCUUUGUCCUAAGGGGUUAUGGGGGUUUUAUGGGUUUCCCAGUUGCUUUAACAACAAUGUCCAGGGAAAGAGUGGCUACACAGGGCAGUGCCAUAAUGGCACAGAGAAGUUGAAUGACAAACUGGCAGUGCUAUGGCAACAGUCCACUGCCCUGUAUCCGAGCAUUUAUGUGUGGCGUAAGCUAGCUGGACACACUCAUGUUCAACUCAUGGUGAGACACCGUAUACUAGAGGCCCUCCGAGUGGCAUCCCAACACUCACCUGGCACUGCAGCACUCCCUGUUUUCCCUUAUGCCAGAGUGGCAUUCACACACACCUUGAUGUUCUUGAAUCAGACAGAUUUGGAGCACACACUAGGGGAGAGUGCUGCUUUAGGUGCAGCUGGAGUUGUGUUAUGGGGUGAGCUGAGUUUCACCAAAUCCAAGCGGCAGUGUACACUCUUGCGCAAGUACCUCAGCUCAGUAUUAGGGGAGUAUGCUGCUGCUCUGCAGGCUGGUGUGAGGCACUGCAGUGAGAGAAUUUGUAACUCCCAAGGACGCUGUGCUCGACGGGACCCACACUCGGGUCACAUGAUCCCUCUAUAUGACUCCUAUGAUGCCGACAGUCUCAACGACAUAAGAUCAAAUUUCAAGUGUGUGUGUUAUGAAGGAUGGAGUGGAAAGCAGUGCGAGAAAACAAGUACCUGAGAACAGAGG